UAGUCCUAGGCGCAGCCCAUCAUUAGGACGGGACAGCCGGGCCACUGUGGCAUUUUUUAGAAAGCUGAGAUGAUGGAAAGAAUAAGAAAAGAGAUGAUUCUGAUGGAGAGAGGGCUGCACAGCCCCACGGCCGGGAAGAGGUUCUCCAAUUUGUCGGACUCGGCUGGCAAUGCUGUGCUCGAGGCCCUGGAAAAUUCGCAGCACCCGGCUCGCCUCAGCCCGCGCCUGCCGUCCGCCCCCCUGCACGGCGCUCUGGGAGACCUCCCUGCCAAGGGCAAAUUCGAAAUAGACACUUUGUUCAACCUGCAGCACUCCGGCAGCGAAAGCACCGUCUCCUCCGAAAUCGCCUCCGCCGCCGAGGGCCGCAAAAAGCCGGGCCAUUAUUCAGAGGCGGCUGCCGAGGCGGACAUGAGCAGCGACGUGGAGGUGGGCUGCUCGGCGCUGCGCUCCCCUGGCGGCCUCGGCGCCGCGCCGCUUAAGGAAAACAAUGGCAAAGGGUACGUGGAGAGCGGCUCGGCCGGGGGUACCACGACGUCUGCGUCGGGGUCCGGCCUCGGCAGCCUGCAUGGAGGCGGUGGCGGCGGCGGCGGGAGCGCGGCCCUGGGCGGCUCUGGCUCUGGCGCCGAUCAGGUGCGGCGCUACCGCACGGCGUUCACCCGCGAGCAGAUCGCGCGCCUGGAGAAGGAGUUCUACCGGGAGAACUAUGUGUCGCGGCCCCGCCGGUGCGAGUUGGCCGCUGCGCUCAACCUGCCCGAAACUACCAUCAAGGUGUGGUUCCAGAACCGGCGCAUGAAGGACAAGCGGCAGCGCCUGGCCAUGUCGUGGCCGCACCCGGCCGACCCCAGCUUCUACACCUACAUGAUGACGCACGCGGCCGCCACCGGAAGCCUGCCCUACCCCUUCCACUCGCACGUGCCGCUGCACUACUACCCGCACGUGGGCGUCACGGCUGCGGCCGCAGCGGCCGCGGCCUCCGGCGCAGCGGCCGCGGCGUCGUCGCCCUUCGCCACUUCCAUCCGCCCGCUGGACACCUUCCGUGCCCUCUCGCACCCCUACUCGCGGCCCGAGCUGCUGUGCAGCUUCCGCCACCCGGGCCUCUACCAGACGCCCGCGGCCGCCGCGGGGCUCAACAGCGCGGGGGGCUCGGACUUCGGUUGCAGCACGGCGGCGCCGCGCUCCGAGAGCGGCUUCCUGCCCUACUCAGCCGCUGUGCUUAGCAAGACCGCCGUGAGCCCGCCGGACCAGAGGGACGAGGCGCCGCUCACCAGAUAACUACGUCGCCGCCGCCAGGGGGCCGUGCCCGCCACUCUGUGCCCGGGAGUCCCCGAGCGCCCCCCGCGCCCUCUGUGCGCCCACGUGCCCUCUGCGCACUGCCCGCUGCUAAAGCUGCCGCCAGGGGGCGCCCCGGCGCGGGAGGCCGAAGGGAACCUGUCCCGAAUUGGGGGGCGCGACGGCCCUGCGGGCGUCUCCCCAAAUUAUUUCUAUUUUUGUAUUUACUAUCCA